AUCACAUGUGUACACUUUGAUUUAUUUCAUAUUUAGCCUAUAUAAUAGCCUAGCAAAUUAUAAAAUAUUUAACAGACUGAUGUAAAAUUUUGUCACGUGAUAAUUUAAAGACGGGUGUUGAUGAUCAGCCUCACCGUCACUCGCCAUUUUAUAUUGCACGUGCGCUUUACAAAGACAAAAGAAGAGAAGAAGAGAGUAAUCAAGGAAGUUUAGUCAAGUUUUGUCAAUCCUUUACUGAUUUGAAGACUUAAAAUGGAAAAGCAAAAGAGAACAGAAUUUACGCCAGAACAAGUGAGGAUGCUGGAGGAGGCCUAUGGACAGGGCACAAGGAAAGGAAAGGCCUGGUUAGGUGCUCACCAGGAAUUGGCAGCAAAAUUAAAUUUAACAGAACUUCAAGUAAAGAAUUGGUUGGGAAAUUACCACAAAUCCAAAAGUGGACAUGGUAAAUUGGUUCAAAGGAAGACACUCCCAGCAGUAAGGCCAACUGCUUAUUCCUUAUUUUGUAAGGAAUACUCCAAGGAUCAUCCUGGCUUUAAUCCUUCAAUAUGGAAAAUGGAGUGGGAGGCAGCUGGAGAGAAGGAGAAAGAGAGGUACGCAAAGAUGGCAAGGGAGAUGUCAGAAGAGGGGGGAAGUGUAUCAACAAAUGAUGAUCCCACUACUCAGAAGAAGACCAUUAGAACCCUUCUGAAGCAACUGGAAUGGACUAGUAGGCGAUUGGAAAAUAUGGGCUUGCCCAAUUUCGCUUUGGUGGCUGAAAAUAAUACUGUCCACAGCGUUGGAACAGGGAGGGGUCGAGAAUUCCUUGAUCGUGAGGAUAUUGAACCAAAUUUCAGCCGAUUUUGUAAUCAAGAUUAUUCUACUCCAGAGAAAUCAAAAGUCAAUGAGCUGCGAAAGACAGUUCAAGUACACAUGAACGAAUUAUACAGAAAGGCUUCAGGCAAAGCAGGGUGCUUUCCCUACAAGAUGGUGCGUAAAGGGGAUAUUGUGGUGGAGGGACUUCCCCAGGCUGUCUUACCUUUGCACCCUCCAUCACACUAUGGAGAAGAAAAGCUGCAGCUGUUGUUAUCUUGUCCCAGCAUUUCAGUAAAUUACCCACAGUCAGCAGAAGAACCUACAGAUUCUCUAUCCCAGGAACCAUUCAUUGAACACUCAUCAUCUGCAUCCUCUAAUGAACCAUCUACCUCCUCUACUAGGCCAUCAUCAUUGGAACCAUUGCCUACAUCAUCAUCACAGCAUGCCACUACAGAGAUGGAGGAUGUGGGAAAUGACCUUAUUGGCAUACUUGGAGUGACAUCAGAACUAGGUACUGAUGUGUCUGUGGAGGAAAGGAACCUUGUUUCCAGUGCCGUAUUUGUGGAGCCGAAUGAGAAGAAAAUUAAGAAAGAAAUGAGGAAAAUGACGAAACAAAAAGGGAAAAGCAAAGGUAAGGAAUCAAAGGCAAAACAGAAGAAAAUGGCAUUUGAUGACAAUGAACCAGGAUUCUACUAUGUAGAUGAAAUAUUAAGUGAAAGGAAGAAAAAUGGAAAAUCAGAAUUUCUUAUUAAGUGGGAAGGGUAUGAAGAUCCCACGUGGGAACCAGAGAGAAACAUCCCCACACAUCUUAUUGAGGAGUUUAAGAAUGUCUGAAAAUUUAAUAAUUAUUGUGUCUGGGAAUGUGAAUAAAUUAUUAGUAAGGAUGGCAAUUGUAAAUUUUUUUGUAACCAGUUAGUUGUAGAUUUUUUGGACAGAGUAACCAGUUAAUGGAACAGAUAAGACUUG